AUGCGCGGUGGAGGUUAUAGUCGAAUCACAGCUAUCACUGUUACGCCUUUACCUCCUCGCACUUUUACUAUCCCUUGGAUACAUUCAUUCCUGACCAGUGACGAAGACUACGUCAAAGCUUACACGCCAAAGCACCACAUACUCAGGAGCGCACGAAGGGAGCCUUCAAGCGAUGACUUGGACAUGAGGUAUGAUGUGGCUACUCUGACGUUCGCGCGCAUCAAUUUCGGCAUUGUCGUACCUCCCAUCAUACAUCUAGAUGAGCACCCGCGUAAUCCUCUGUCACGGUCAUAUACCAUACAGAGCCGUCUUCCCGGCCAGAAUCUCAACACGAUAUGGCCUGAGCUUACGAUCAACCAAAGGAUGAACACUGUGCACCUUGUUGUCCGUGUUAUGGAGAAAUUGCAUACUAUUCAGCAACCCAAGGCAGGUAUCAUCGCCAGUCUAACAAGACUACCACAUUCUCCCAACAAGGUGACACCAGAAAUUCAAGCCUUCGGCACCAGUCAUAACCCGGUAUCAGCUUUUUCAGGACCCGCGGACCGCCCCGCUGAGGCUAUGACUACACGCCAGUUCUUGGUACACCAGAGGUAUCAAUGGGAGAAACUAGAGGAAGAUCUUGACGACGGCGACAUUGCUCCAUGGUACUGCUUCGAUAUCAUCAUACAGACGCUAUACGAUAAGGGCUUUAUCCCAGAUGAAGAAAAGUUUUACUUCUGUCAUCUCGACCUCUACCCGCGGAACAUGCUCGUAGAGAUUGAACACGACUCAUCGCUCUCGCUUACCGGAUUACUGGACUGGGAUGCUCAGUUCGCGCACUUCUGCCCCAAAUUCGUCGCUUAUCGUGCUCCUUUCUGGCUAUGGGUAUCAGGCGGUCACGAGUACAAUGAGAUGAUAGCUGCAGAUGAGCCAAAAGAUGUUGGUUACCGGCGAUUGAAGAGCUCGUGGGAGGAAGCGGCGAGUGACGAGUGGAAGCGAUACGCCUACGAACCGGAGUAUAUGAUCGCGAGGAGAAUGUUCGCUUUACUCCGAGACGGCAUUCGUAACGAUGGAGAUAAAGAGGAAGCCAGGUCUAUUGUAGAUGAAUGGCAGAAGCUGCAUUACGAUCAGAGGCUCGCCACAGCAUUGGCGAGUGAUGAGAGCGAUGGCGCCGAGACAACUAUGAACGUUGAGGACCUAGAUGAAGGCAUAUACACGUUGGCUCAACAAGAACUUGAGCUCGACCAUGUGCUGGACGAAGAUGACAUGGCUUUCGAUCCGCAUGACUAA